GUCAUUCCUGGCUCGACUCUUCCGCAGGAUAAGGAAUCCAACCGCUUUGGUGGGCAGGGAUCUGGAAGGCAACCGAUUCUUUGAAUACCCCAGCACAUCUGAUGAUCCGCGGCGUACCAAACGUGUGGUGAAGUAUGCGAAAGGCACCCAUAUGCUGGAUUAUGUUUCCGGGCAUCGAAGACUCGCGGUGCAGUGGACGUCUUGGUUGACUCACACCCGGCCGAAUCCUCCCACCUUAGAGGAACUGCAAGCAGAUUUCGAACGUCAACGUCGCAUCCUCCAGAAUGUCGCUCGGAUUGAGGCACGCGACAGAGCUGAGGCAGCGCAGAUCGCUGCUGAGCAAGCUCCUACCGCUCACCUACAGGUGCCAACGCAGAGAUCGCCAGAGCCGAGUACGACGGGGCCGAAAGAGCCGACAAACCCUGUGCCGCAAGUCUCACAAGACAUCCUCGCUGAUAAGGCCCUACCACAGGCUCAAGCGGACUCCAGACUCGCCGAGACCCAUUCGCCCUGGAAGCCUCCUCCGCCGGAUGAGCCGCACAGUUGGCAGCCGCAGGCUUCUAUAAGGCGUGGUGGAUGAGUUCCGGCACAUGAUGACAAGCAUGAUGGACUGCGAUUCUCCUUUUUUUUCCCGAAUGCUCUCUGUCGUGCAUGCAUCCUGUCGAACGGUCUUAGAGAGUUGUAAUGUGUCUGCCGUCAGUAGCCGUAACUCCACUGCCUGAGAAUGAGAAGCGACCUACCGUAUGGAUCCCUGGGCUCGCGUUCCUAACCCU